GCACUUCCCGGCCCCACCGGCCUCUCGAGGGCCCCCGUGGACGCGCCGGCCCACCUCGAAACUGCGAGGCCGGGCGGCCCCCAAACUUGGGACGCUGCGCACGCCCGGUUGCCCGGGCUCUGGACCAGGCGCGCCUCUUGAACUCACGUUCAGUACAAUCGUUUCUUUUCCAAGAAGGGUUUUCCUUUUUUUUUUUCUCUUUUUUUCCUUUUUUUGAGAUUUUGUUGACUUUUAUUUUUGGAGAAGGGAAUUUUUUUGGGGGGGGGGGACAAACGGAAGAACCGCACACCGCGAAGCUCAGAAAAGGGAAUAAGGGACCGCCGGCGGGAGUCGGAGGCCUGGGGUCUAGGAUGGAGGUGGCGGACCCGCAGCAGCUGGGCAUGUUUACAGAGGGCGAGCUGAUGUCGGUGGGGAUGGACACGUUCAUCCACCGCAUCGACUCCACCGAGGUCAUCUACCAGCCCCGCCGCAAGCGGGCCAAGCUCAUCGGCAAGUACCUGAUGGGGGACCUGCUGGGGGAGGGCUCGUACGGCAAGGUGAAGGAGGUGCUGGACUCGGAGACGCUGUGCCGGAGAGCCGUCAAAAUUCUCAAGAAGAAGAAGUUGCGGAGGAUCCCCAACGGGGAGGCCAACGUAAAGAAGGAAAUCCAGCUGCUGAGGAGGUUACGGCACAAAAACGUCAUCCAGCUGGUGGACGUGCUGUACAACGAGGAGAAGCAGAAGAUGUAUAUGGUGAUGGAGUACUGCGUGUGCGGCAUGCAGGAGAUGCUGGACAGCGUGCCUGAGAAGCGCUUCCCCGUGUGCCAGGCCCACGGGUACUUCUGCCAGCUGGUGGACGGCCUGGAGUACCUGCACAGCCAGGGCAUCGUGCACAAGGACAUCAAGCCCGGCAACCUGCUGCUCACCACGGGUGGCACGCUCAAGAUCUCCGACCUCGGUGUGGCUGAGGCCCUGCACCCGUUUGCCGAGGACGACACGUGCCGGACGAGCCAGGGUUCCCCCGCAUUCCAGCCGCCCGAGAUCGCCAACGGCCUGGACACCUUCUCUGGCUUCAAGGUGGACAUCUGGUCAGCUGGGGUCACGCUCUACAACAUCACGACAGGCCUGUACCCGUUCGAGGGGGACAACAUCUACAAGCUGUUUGAGAACAUCGGGAAGGGGGACUACACCAUCCCGGGGGAUUGCGGCCCCCCACUCUCAGACCUGCUCAAAGGGAUGCUGGAAUACGAGCCGGCCAAGCGGUUUUCCAUACAGCAGAUCCGGCAGCACAGCUGGUUCCGGAAGAAGCACCCGCCGGCCGAGGAGCCAGUGCCCAUCCCGCCGAGCGCGGACUGUAAGGACCGGUGGCGCGGCAUGACGGUGGUGCCCUACCUGGAGGACCUGCACGGCUGCGCCGACGCCACGGAUGACGAGCUCUUCGACAUCGAGGACGACAUCAUCUACACUCAGGACUUCACGGUGCCCGGUCCCGGAGGAGGAGGCCGGGCGGAGCGCACAGAGCCGGGGCCCGCCCAAAGCCGUGUGUGUGAAUGGCACCGAGUCAGCCCAGCUGAGCGCCAGGUCGAGGGCGGAGCGCCGGGCCAGCGCCGCCUCCAACCCCGCCCGCAAGGCCUGCUCGGCCAGCAGCAAGAUCCGCCGGCUGUCGGCCUGCAAGCAGCAGUGAGGGUGGCCGCCUGCAGCCUGUCUCCAGGAGCCCCGGCCAGGUCCUGCUCAGUCUUCCCGCCGACUGCUGGCCUGCCGCCCACUGCCCAGGAAGGCCGCCGCUGCACCCUUCGUGCUGACCGCCCCUCCGGAAGCCGGAGGGGCCUGGAGGGCUGUGGUUGGGGGACAGCAGGGACUGGGGUCCGCCCUCCCCUGGUGGCUGGUGGACACGACCUCCUGCUGACUGCAAUCCUGUGCUGAGCCCCUUCCCCCGGCCGGGGGAGGAGGGAGAGGGCCCGGCGCGGCCCCACGCCAGCCCUCGCCAUGCACUUUACGUUGAGACUACUGGUUCUCGCCCGCCCUGACCCGUUUUUACUCUGCCGCUCAUUAGCGCUUCCCACACCUGGUGAUGUGUUCCCACCAACCACAGCCGCAGCGGGAUGGGCAGGACAAGCGGACCUGUCGACCGCGAUGCAUGCCCAGUGCCCAGGGGAGCCCGGCGGCUGCCUUGUUUUCAUUGUUUGGUUGGUUCUUUUUUCUUCUCCUUUUUUAAGAAAAAAUAAAACAGGUGGAUUUGA